GGUCAACGCAGCAUUGGUUCUCGGGUUUAUGAUAACAAUUUAAUUUAAAAUAAAAUAAUAUUUUGUGUAAAAACUUAUAUUCCAUUGAAGGAGCCGUCGAUGGAUUUGGUUUAGUUAGAAAACGGCAACUCGACUCCCUCUUUUCUGCAGUCUCGAGCCCAUCCUGUCGCUGAGUAAUCGACCACGCGCCGAGACGAUAUAAGAUUGUCUGAUCGGGUUUGAGUGACUGUCGCUCAGUCUUCUCAUUAUACUUAAGAAUAGCGUUUCAAAAAUGAGCUCUUCAAGUAUAACUCCCCCCUUCGGCUCGGGUGAUUAUGUCAAGUUCUUUGGUGCCGGAGCCCUUGCGGCAACCCUCACUCAUGGGGCCGCAACCCCCAUUGAUGUAGUCAAAACGAGAAUCCAGGUAGACGAUUCAAUGAAAGGGCUCAACAUGGUUAGGGCUGCCCGGCAAAUAGUAGCCAAAGAGGGUGCUUCGGCUCUAUUGACAGGCUUUGGGCCUACUGCCGUCGGCUAUCUAGUCCAGGGCGGUGGCAAGUUUGCAGGAUACGAGUUCUUCAAGAAGAAAUUUAUCGACAUGACGGGUUCUCAGGAGAAAGCAACGCAGCGGCGCACUGCCAUUUACCUAGGCGCCAGCGCGACGGCAGAGUUCUUCGCCGACAUUGCGCUAUGUCCGCUCGAGGCUACGCGUAUCCGCCUUGUUUCUCAACGUGGUUUCGCAUCCGGGCUUACGUCCGGCUUCAUGCGUCUAGCUAGGGAAGAAGGUAUACGGGGAUUCUACUCGGGAUUCAUACCGCUGUUGUUUAAGCAGGUACCGUACGCGGUGGGUCAGUUUUCCGUACACGAGGCGGCAGUCGAGGUCAUAUACCGCAGCAUGGGACCCGAGAGGAAAGCCAAGAUGACUCAAUUGCAAUCCACAGGAGUAGAACUAAGCUCCGGUGUUGUAGCUGGUGUUGCAGCUGCAGUUCUCUCCCAUCCGGCUGAUACUCUGCUGUCAGCUAUCAACAAGGGUGCGGGCGAUCCGAAACAAGGUGUGACAAGUAGAAUGUUCACACUCGCAAAGGAGUUCGGUCCUAGGAGAUUAUUACUAUCAGGCUUGGGUCCUCGAAUAGUAAUGACGUGCGGUCUGGUUGCUGGUCAAUUUGUUAUUUACGCUCAGUGCAAGACUCUCGUAGGCGCACCGCCGGGCAUAGAGAUACACAAGGAAGAGUAGCUAAAUUCAAGACGAUAUAGAUA